AUGUCUGCAGAUCACAAAUCAACAAAGCAAAUAACCAUAUCAUUUCCGAAAGCAAAUGAUGUUCGUCUGAAAUUACCUCCCACCAAUUAUUCACAUCCGAAGUCACGCACAAUACCUCCGCACCCUUCAGUUGCCUCACAAAUACCAAAAACUUCGAUCAUCUACCCAACACUACUUCCACGUUCAUCAACAUCCUAUUAUUCUAACCAUCAACCAUGUCCUCGAGAUGCCCGUUAUUUAUACGUUGUUAAUGCAUCUGGUAAUUCUCAUCGAACACCAUCAACGCAAACGCCCAGCCCAAAUUCAAAUUCAUUACCCCUUCCCCAACAGUUUCCUACAUUGAAUCCAUCCACACCACCGCGUCCGUAUCUCCAAUAUGGACAUUUUCUCGCCUAUCUUCGACGACAAUCCUUAGCUCGUCUACGUCGUAAACAAGAACAACAGGAAUUAGAUGGCACAGAAAGUGUUGAUACAGCAAUAACACUGACUUCGAACAAAACACCAUCGUAUUCACUCCAAUCAAUGUCGAACUUAUCACUUGGAACGUCAACGACAGAUGCAGCAUCGAUGCCUGCUAUACCAAUAAUAACAUCGAAACAAAAAUCCCGACCAACUACAUCUCAGCGUCCGUUGCAAAGAUCAUCAUCAUUGCUAACGACAAAUUAUCGUUUAAAUUUAAAUCAAGCAUUACCCUUCAGAGAAAUAACAUCAUUGCACACCCUCAAAGAAACCAGUGUCGAUAAUCAUUCGUUAGUAUUACCAUCAAAACCAAUUGUUUCUGCUACACCUGCAAAUUCAGUUAUCAAUGCAACAGACGCUUCGUCACCAUCGAAUAGAGCACCUUACGAAGUCCAAUUAACCGGUGAUACGCUUAGUUAUUGUUUUGUCAGUGAUAGUGGAGUUACCUAUCAAGGACAACUACUUUCUUCUGCUAUAUGA